AUGGAGGAGGAGCUUGUGGUGGCGGGAGAUGCAGGCGGCUCGUGGGCCCGCUCUCCUAGCUCCCUCCUUUCCUGCCCAGGUGUCCGGAAAAAUGGUGGAGAGAUCCGGUGCUGCCCGGAAAAUGGCUUGGAGCGUUACCGCCUCUUGCUCUCCUUUCCAACCAGUGCCGCCGCCGCCGCCGCCGCUGCCGCGGAGAGUCCGCCAGGUCUCUCGCAGUUGCGGCCGAAGGCGAUGGGGAAGGAGGAGAUGGCCGACCCAGAGCAAGUUGCUAGGUGA